AUAAUUUUCUUUAUUGGUCUAAUAGGGGUGUAACAGUCCCAAGUGGCCUAUAGAAUCUUCAUGUCCUUGAUAUCUUGUUGUCCUUUCAGCGGAUUGUUUCAAUGUGUUUAACUCAGACUGAGACUCGCUCGCUGUAAUUAAUCCCUCCGCUAGUUUUUCACCCGGCGAUUUUCAUAUAAUUCGAAACCACUGUUCGGCUAAAUUAUCAUAUCACUGUGCUCCUGGAGUGAGUGUUCGGUUAACCACCGCUUACUGUUGACUUAAAUCCACGCAAUGGUCCCCCCUACGAUCUGACUCGCUUCAGCUGUUCUACACACAAACACACGUUCGGGCGAAAGAUGAAAGCCGCAUGUGAAGAGUAAAAAGUGAAUAAAAUUUAUUUAAAAUGAGCAAAUAUUUUAUUUUCGCUUUCUGCUUAGCCCAUAUGAACUGAGAAACAAGCGAGCAAUGUCAGUCGUCGUUUCAUAUGCGGUUGUAAAUAUAUAAAAGAGUCACUAUGAACCAGCUAGCUAACCAGCUGAGAUGUGAAGAGAAUUUACUUCAACUCAUCCAUUCAUGCACACAUUACCGAGCGUCAUUGUUUGUGGCCUGCUGGAGAGACACCGGCUUUGACUUGGCGCAGAUACAGGCGUAGAGUAGUCGAUUUCCGUCUGGCAUCUCUGCGCUCUGCGAGCAUGUAUCAAAGAUACUCUGGUACUCACUCGGCCAACUUGACUAUUUCAGUGCUUCGCAUGUCGCUUUGAUUGUUGGUUGUGCUGACUGGCGUCGGAGUCGUUUUCGUGCUCGUGCUCGGAGUAGUCAUCCGUCGUCAUUGCUGUUUGUAUACUCUUGUUCGCGUUUCUGGUUAGUUCGUUUUUGAUACAUACAUAUGCAUAUAUGUAUGUAUAUGUAUUGUAUAUGCUUACAUACUUCAACAUACCUUACAUAUGUGUAUAUAGUUUAGCCUUUGUUAUCUGAUCAGACGGUUCUGUGUGACUAGCGCUCAAGGAACAAACCACGAAACUCCUAUCCCAAACACCGCCACACGCACAAGCUAAAGCGUAAAAAAAAUUAAAUUGAAAAUUUAGGACGAAACGCUUCAAAUGAAGCGAUGCUCAAUUGGUCCAGAUAAGUUAAUACAAUUUCCGAAUAGACAAUGGGAAAAACAAUAAACUCGCAACUUCAAGACUGCAUAAUAAUUAUUAAGGAGUAGUGCCACUAAGACGCCGCUUUGCUCACCCACGCCUCUGCCUAACAACGAAUGCGGCUAAAUCGUCGUUACUGGUGGUCGGUGCGGUCGACUGCUGUCCUCUAUGCGUCGCUGUCUACCAAUAUUUUGUUAUGUUGAAAUCGCCGGAACGCUGAAGCGGCGAAGUCCGACGCACUCAGGGCAAUUGACUUUUUCUCACUAUACCCCAAAGUGGCUCGUUCGCCGCAGCUCAGCCGCACUGUUGAAUUCAGUAUUCAGUAUUCAGUAGUCGUCAGCCAACGGCAAUUUAUAGUAGCAAAUCCACACACCGGGUACCUGCUUGCUUGCCUGCCUGCCUAUACCAUAUACCUAAAGUAUAUAAUGUACAUACCAUACAGCAUAACACACAUACAUACAAACAUAAGCGAAUAAAUAACGUAUUCAACACAAGAAUCAAAGCGCAAAUGGGAAUGUCAUAAAAAUAAAAUAAUUAUUCAGCACAUACAUAUGUAUGUAUGUAUAUAUCUUUUGCGGCCUUGUCAUCGUUGAGAGAAAAAAAUCGAAUUCCGCAUUGUUAUUGUUGUUUUAUGUGUAAAAUACACAUAGGAGUAUUUGGAUAGAAGCAGUUUAUUUGCAAAAAGUGGAGACGCAGCACAAGAAAUCAGCUGCAGCGAAGAAAAAUUUGCACGAUUAACCAAAUACAUAUUUUGAAGCUAAAAUUUUUCGAAUUAAUAAAUUUUCAAGGGUUGUAAAAAGGUGCCAGCCUUCCGCCUGCCUGCAUACGCAACCCUGCAAGCCGAUUAGAUAUUUCAGUGCGGUUGAAGUGAUGCUUUAAAAGAUUGUGCCGCGUCGUGCUUAAUUACAUAGAGAACUUGUGCAACUCCGGCCACUAUUUGCUCUAAGUCUUCUCGCGCUUGCCCCGCUGGCACUUGCGAUGCGCCGUCUAUCAUACAGCUGUGAUAUACAUACAUAUAUAUACAUAUAUGUAGACCGAUACUGUUAUAUAUUCUCCACUCUUUCUCGUCGUCAUCGCCAUUUAAAUUAUUAGUGUUAUCUUUUUUGUUUGUACGUGUUUAGUGUGUAUGUGAACCAAGGCCCGUUUCAUCGCCACCAUUGUUGUUGGAUACUCGAGGGCGGAAACAGUCGCCAUGCCAAGCCGCAAUCCCUUGUCGUUUAUAUUCGGUAAAUAAAUGGGAAAUUAAUAUUCCACAUUGAUUAUAAGGAAAUGCGCCAUUUGGAAACAAUGUGGCAACGCCCGCGCUUUUGUUCAUCUUUGUCAGCUAUGCGAAAGUAAAGUUAAAGUGAAUCAAAAUUAGUACAUACACACAUCAUAUAUAUAUGUGUGCGAUGAAUACACAUUGAAUACUCGCUUCGCUAUAGGGAAUCAGUCUUCUAUACACUUCUAAAUUUGCUCUCACACUUUCUAUGUGCGGAAAAAUUACGAAAUUUGGUUGUAACUUUACUUGCACCAACCACGUUGGCAAGCAAAGAGAACGGCGGAGAAGACCAAUUUCUUCUACUAUCUUACCAAUUGACAACGAUAUAUACAUAUGUAUGUACAUGCAGCAGCCAGCUACAUGGGACAGACGUACAAUAAAAACCAUUUAAGACGAUAUUAGAGCUCAGUAAUCUUACACGGUUAGUAUGCGCACGCAUACAUACACGCACACACACAAUUGCUGAUUAGAGUAAGAGAAGCAUUCAGAACGCCAUCGAAGCAAAUAUUCAACUGUUACAAGCAGCAGAAGCAAAAGUGCACAAAGUGCCGUAUAACCGAACCCUGUAAGAAGAUGCAAAGAAUCCUUAGGUGCUAAUUUAGUAAAUAAGAAAAUUUUAAGUACAAUAAAAAAGUUAUCAACCGCAACUACAGCAACAACUACAAUACAACUAGCAUACAACUCAACAACAAUAAAUACUACAACAAAGAAUAAAUAGAUGAAAAAAGGUUUUUAAUUAGAAAUCAAAUAAAAUUCGAAGCUCUCUUUAUUCUCACGUCACCAGCAAAAUGAAAUAAUGAACAAAGGUGACUAAAAUAAGCGGAAAUAGUGAGACUAAGCAAAGAAAGUGCCAGAGCGAUGCGUUUUGAGCAAUACAAUUAUAAAAACAAAAGACAAAACCAAGUAUUGAGCACUAAACGGAUAAAGUAGAAGCUGAGUGUGGAAAAAAAACAACAACAAUACAUACGUACAUACUUACAUACUUACAUACAAAAAGCCAACAAAGCCAAAAUAAGCAAAGAAGACGCAGGUAAAAGUAGAAGCAAGAAAGAGCACAUUAGCUGGGAAAAGUGAAUAUCACGUUUAAUAUACAUAAAUAAUCUACAUACACACACAUAUAUACAUAUUAUAUAUUUUUAUAAGUAAAGAAUUUCUAAAACUAAGCAAAGCCGCAAAGCAGCAAAGGAGAAAAGUGGAAAUAUAAUUCUAGUUUAAAACUAAUGUCUAGUUUCGGGCGUAACUGCGACACUGGGAACCAGCAAACAAGUCCAAUAGUCACCAUAUAAUUAGCUAACGGUAAUCAAAAGAGUUCUGUCUUGUUACAAAAGUUUCUACGCACAAAAUCAUUUGUAUUUGCUAAAAUUUCUGUUGCUGAGUGCUAUCGCUACAACUACACACACACACACACACACACACACAGAAAUAUAAUUCACCUUCACGGGAACUGCGCAAAGAUGCCAAAAUAUUUUAUAGCUUCGGCAGCGAGAACCACGGCAGCAACAACGGCAGCAAGCACAGCUUACAACAGCAACGCAAACAACAACAACAACAGCAGCAGCAGCAACAACAACAAUGGCCCAACGCAAAUGGUUAUCAAAUCAGCUGUGCGGCAGCUCUCCUACGAGAUGGUUAGCACGAGUGCCAACAACAACAACAACAACAAUACAAAACGUAAUUCCAAUUCGGCAUUUGUGUCAUCAUCCUCGUCGGGCUCGUCAUCGCCAGUGUCGAUGAUGCUGCAAGUCGGCGAACACCAUCAACGGCACGUAAAAACGCAAGUAAUCAGUAGCGCCGCAUCGGCACCUACCGCGACGCAUCUGCUGGAUCAUGGUUAUGGUGUGACGCUAAAACAGGCGCCAUCAACAUCCUCCGCUGCGGUGACGCCUAAUUUUACCGGCAAGUACACAUCGACGGUGGCGAGCAGGAAUCCAGCUGAUUCCACACCUCACAUAACGGAGUACUACAAGCAAGUGAAACGACGCAAUCCUACAUCUGUUGCCGAACAAAGUAGCCAUCCAAAGAAGCAAGCUAAACAUCAGUCCGCGUCCGAUGAUUUCACCAGCAAUGUGAUGGUGGUGCAUGAGCCACCGCGUGCACAUCAAUUCCAACAUAAAUCCACAAAGCAACAAGUUUUGGUACGUAGUACCGGCCAAACGCAACGCAACAUAGCCCUAUCAGGCUCAGCGUCUUCGCUGCAUUUCGCUGCGCCCUCACCGCAACCACAACGCCCGCCAUCGUCCGCUUCAUCGACUUCAUCGUCGAUUGCAUACAAAGCGGGUACACCAUCGUCAGUCUCUUCAAUGCCCGCCUCGAAGCGUACGCCGGAAGGUAAUCGCGCCGACACUUCACUUGGCAUUUUGACGAAAAAAUUCGUCGAUUUGCUGCAAGGCUCUCCCGAUGGUGUUGUUGACCUCAAUGAUGCGUCCGCCAAAUUAUUGGUACAAAAGCGACGUAUCUACGACAUUACCAACGUGCUGGAGGGUAUCGGCAUACUGGAGAAGAAGUCAAAAAACAACAUACAGUGGAAAUGCGGCAACUCGCUGGUGAGUUCGAAUCGUGCGCGAGAUAUGCAACUGGAGAAUGAAAGACUCGAACAAAAGGAAAAUCAGUUGAACAUGUUGAUCGACCAGAUACGUGAAGAACUGAGCGAUGAGAUUUCGAAUAACAAUCAACUGGCGUAUGUGACGCAUACUGAUUUGAAAAGUGUCGAUCUGUUUAAAGAUCAAAUAAUAAUUGUAAUUAAGGCGCCGCCAGAAGCCAAACUUGUGUUACCUGACACACUUUGUCCACGCGAGAUCUACGUUAAGGCGGAGAAUAAUGGUGAAAUUAAUGUAUUUCUCUGUCACGACAACUCGCCGGAAAACUCACCGGAAAAUUCGCGCAUAUUCUCUUCGCCCGCCGCACCGCCAUACCGUCAGCAAACACAUCAAUUCAACGAUCCACUGUUCAAUGAUAUCAGUCGGUUGACACCAAGUCUUGAUGACGACAAACGUAUGCGCCUAGGUCUACCCCCACUGUCGGCAUCAAACACAGCUUCGUCCACGUCUACGGGUAGUACAUAUCCCGACGGUGUCGCACCCAUUGUACGUUCAGCACAACGAAAUCUCAGCAAAUCGAUUGAGGAUGCCGCACGUCAAACCGCUGCUGGUCCGGCUAAUGGCACUGGUGUCGAUGGAUCAACCGAUUAUAAUUGUGAUAUCGUUGGCAGCUACCAUGCACAUCAACAACAGCAAGAGUCUAGCGGCAAUACGACUGCACACGAUGGUAGCGAAUACAAUAUACAGCCGACUUUAACGCGACCAGUAUUGACGCAAGCUGAGGCUGAACGCAUUUACGAACAAGAUUUCGAUUGUGAAAUGUUUGGCAGGCGCAAGCUGGCCGCUGCUGUUUACGAUGAUAGCGAAAGUCAGCAACAACAACAACAACAACAGCAGCAGCAGCAGCAGCAGCAUGAACAGCAACACAGUAGUGAUUUAACAAACCAUACGCUUAAUAGUUGUAGUAACAAUAGGAAGGCAGGUCUUAAAAACGAUGUAUCCAUGGUGAAUAGUGCAAUGGAAGAGCAUAAAACAGUGUCUGAGGCAUCAUCGUCGGCAGCUGCGACAGCGACGGAUGCUACAUUGGCUUCAUCGUCAACGUCGGCGUCGGCGUCGUCGUCGACUAUAGCGAAUAGUCGACGUGAUGGAGUUGAUGUUGUAGAUGUUUCGUCAACGGUGGCAUCAUUGUCUUCGAUGCCCAUAACACACACGCCCUCAAUGUUUGGUGGCGCCGGUAGCGCAGGCAACCAUAGCCGACAUUCCUCAAGCGAUAGUGGUAGUCUUGGCCGCUUGGACUCACACUUAUCGCAUAUGGUCGAUUCGAAUGGUAGCACAGGCGUCCGGAACGCGCUCAUUUCGAACUCGUUUAACCUCUUGAGUCCCGGACCAUUGCCAGGCGUGCAGAACUACUUGGAUGAUCUGCCACCGUUCCUACCCAUCGAACCACCGCUCGAUGUCGAUUACAACUUUUCAUUGGAUCAAACGGAGGGUCUUAUCGAGUUAUUUAAUGACUAUACCUAAAAUAGAAGAAACAUUUUUAAAUAGAAAUAAAAGAACUUGAAAAGAAUUAUAUAAAAAAUAUCCAUAAGCAAAUAAAAAUAAAUUCAAUGUAUGUAUAUGUGUAGUAAUUAUCACAACCACCAAUAAAAAUAAACUGAAAACAAUUUAACAAAUACAUGCACAUGUAUAUGUAUGUAUAUUAAAAACUUCUGUAUGCUACUGAAUGGAAAACGAAGUAUGUAAUAUUUUUAUUAUUAUUAUUAUUAUUAUUAAUUAUUAAUUUUUACUUAUUAAUACUA